GCGGCUCGCGGCCCCGGAGCAGCGGCUGCGCGCGAGGUGGAGCGGCGGAGCGGCAGGCCCGGUGCGGGCUGGAGCGCGGUCGGCGAGCGCACGGGCCGCGACCGCGCAGAGCCCGCCAUGACGGCGCGAGUGUGAGGCGCGGCGAGCCGCGGCCCAGGAGAGCGGCGGGCGCGCCGACCUCUUAGCCCGCAGCGGCCCGGCUGGGGCCGGAUGAGCAGCGGCCUCGGCCUCCAGCGCAGCCCGGAAAUGUCCGGCAAGAUCGAGAAAGCAGACUCUCAGCGUUCUCAUCUCUCCUCCUUCACCAUGAAGCUGAUGGACAAAUUCCACUCUCCUAAAAUCAAGAGAACACCAUCCAAGAAGGGAAAGCCAGCCGAGGUGUCGAAGAUCCCUGAGAAACCCGUGAGCAAAGAGGCAAGAGACAGAUUUCUACCAGAGGGCUACCCUAUCCCCUUGGAUCUGGAGCAGCAGGCAGUAGAAUUUAUGUCCACCAGUGCUGUGGCUUCCAGGUCUCAGAGGCAGAAGAACCUGUGCUGGCUGGAGGAGAAAGAGAAGGAGGUUGUCAGUGCCUUGCGCUACUUUAAGACCAUUGUGGACAAAAUGGCCAUUGAUAAGAAGGUCCUGGAGAUGCUCCCAGGGUCAGCCAGCAAGGUGCUGGAGGCCAUCUUACCCCUGGUGCAGACCGACCCUCGGAUCCAGCACAGUUCAGCCCUUUCCUCCUGCUAUAGCCGAGUGUACCAGAGCCUUGCCAACCUCAUCCGAUGGUCUGACCAGGUGAUGCUAGAAGGUGUGAACUCGGAAGAUAAAGAAAUGGUGACGACCGUGAAGGGGGUCAUCAAAGCUGUGCUGGAUGGAGUGAAGGAGCUAGUAAGGCUAACCAUUGAGAAGCAGGGGCGGCCAUCACCAACAAGCCCAGUGAAGCCCAGUUCCCCAGCCAGCAAGCCUGAUGGCCAGUCUGAGCUCCCUCUGACAGAUCGAGAGAUGGAGAUUCUGAACAAGACGACAAGCGUGUCACCAUCCUCUGAACUGCUCCCAGACUCCACUAGUGAAGAAGUCGCACCCCCCAAACCCCCUUUACCUGGAAUUCGGGUGGUUGAUAACAGUUUGCCUGGCUUUUCUGUGUCUUCUAGUCCACCAGCAUUGCCACCCAAGAAAAGGCAGUCAGCUCCAUCCCCUACCCGGGUGGCUGUGGUAGCCCCUAUGAGUCGAGCCACCAGCGGCUCCAGUUUGCCUGUUGGAAUCAAUAGGCAGGACUUUGAUGUUGACUGUUACACCCAGAGGCGCCUGUCCGGAGGCAGUCGCUCUUGUGGCGGGGAGUCUCCUCGCCUGUCCCCCUGCAGCAGCACCGGCAAGCUCAGCCGGUCAGACGAGCAGCUGUCCUCCCUAGACAGGGAUAGCGGGCAGUGCUCCAGGAACACAAGCUGUGAAACACUAGAUCACUAUGACCCUGACUACGAAUUCCUCCAACAAGACCUCUCCAACGCAGACCAGACCCUACCACAGGCGGCCUGCAGCCUCAGCCCACUGCCAGAGUCCCUGGGGGAGUCUGGGCCAUUGCUUGGCCGUCUUUUCCAGCUGCCUCAGGGCAACUGUCCCCAGCAGGAGGGGCAGCAAACAGACACUCCACCUGCCCUUCCUGAGAAGAAGCGCAGGAGUGCAGCCUCCCAGACCACAGACAGCUCUGGCUGCAGGGUGUCCUAUGAGCGACACCCCUCACAGUAUGACAACAUCUCAGAAGAUGACCUGCAGAACCCGGUCCAGCCCAUGUCCUACACACCCUUUGCUGCUAUCCUCCCCUUUCAGCAGGGAGCUUCCUCAGCCCCUGUUGAGUUUGUGGGUGAUUUCAAUGCUCCUGAGUCAGUGGGUGACCCAGAGAAGCCACCUCCUCUACCAGAGAAGAAAAACAAACACAUGCUGGCCUACAUGCAACUGCUGGAGGACUACUCCGAGCCGCAGCCAUCCAUGUUCUACCAGACACCGCAGAGUGAGCACAUCUACCAGCAGAAGAACAAGAUGCUCAUGGAGGUCUAUGGCUUCAGUGACUCCUUCUGCGGUAGCGACUCCACGCAGGAGCUGGCCCCCCCACCCGCCUUGCCCCCCAAGCAGCGGCAGCUGCAGGCCUCCUAUGCUGCUUCUUCCUUCUCUGUUUCCUACUGUGUCCAGCAAACUAAAGUGGCCUUCACCCCCGAGGACGGCAGUGCCGCUCAGGGCCUCAGUGUAUCCGUGUCUAACUCCUUUCUCAACCGGCACGGCAGCUUGCCUGUGCCCUCGUACAAAUCUGUGUUUAGGUCUUACUCCCAGGACUUCAUGCCUCACCACCAAGCCUCCGUCCAACCUUUCCUUCCGCCUACCUCCUCUUCCUCUCCACAUUUCCCAUCUGUCCACGCGUCCCAGAGCUCGGACUUAGCGGUGCCCACCGUAAGCAGUCCACCUCCCAGCACCGUGGACGGGCCUCUCUCAUCUUCUCAGGACAGCAGCUUUCAUGGGAACCCUGUCCGCCUUCCUUCCGAAACCUCUUUCACUGACUCGAGUGAAUACGCCACCAGUGAGGAAGCUGGUGGCGGUGAAUAUGUCAAUUUGUACUCCUCUGGCCAGACCAGCGAGGAGCUGGCUCUCUCUCGAGGAGAACCACCAUCUGGGAAAGACGGGCAUCCCAGAGAUCCCUCGGUCAGUGCAUCUGGGAAGGACAGCAGAGAAAAUGGGGAGAGAUCCCCAAAGUCACUGGAUGCUCUGGAGUCAGCCCAGUCAGAAGAGGAAGUGGAUGAACUGUCCCUCAUUGACCACAAUGAAAUUAUGUCCAGACUGACACUCAAGCAAGAGGGUGACGAUGGGCCAGAUGUUCGCGGAGGUUCGGGAGACAUCUUACUGGUCCAUGCUACUGAGACAGACAGAAAAGACCUAGUGCUGUACUGUGAAGCCUUCCUGACCACCUACAGGACCUUCAUCAGCCCAGAGGAGCUCAUCAAGAAGCUGCAGUACCGAUAUGAGAAGUUCUCUCCCUUUGCUGAUACGUUCAAAAAGCGAGUCAGCAAGAACACGUUCUUUGUGCUGGUGCGAGUAGUGGAUGAGCUCUGCCUGGUGGAGCUGACAGAAGAGAUCCUGAAGCUGCUGAUGGAGCUAGUCUUCCGCCUAGUGUGCAGUGGAGAGCUCAGCCUGGCCAGAGUACUUCGGAAGAACAUUCUGGACAAGGUGGACCAGAAGAAGCUGCUCAGGUGUGCCCAUUCCGACCAGCCUUUGGCAGCCAGGGGUGUUGCAGCCAGGCCAGGGACCUUGCAUGAUUUUCACAGCCACGAGAUUGCAGAGCAGCUGACACUGCUGGAUGCUGAACUUUUCUAUAAGAUAGAGAUUCCUGAAGUUUUGCUUUGGGCCAAAGAGCAGAAUGAAGAGAAGAGCCCCAACCUGACCCAGUUCACGGAGCACUUCAACAACAUGUCCUAUUGGGUACGGUCCAUCAUCAUGCUGCAGGAAAAGGCCCAAGACCGGGAGAGGCUGCUCCUCAAGUUCAUCAAGAUCAUGAAGCACCUGCGCAAGCUGAACAACUUCAACUCCUACCUGGCCAUCCUCUCAGCGCUGGACUCGGCACCCAUCCGCAGACUGGAGUGGCAGAGGCAGACCUCAGAGGGCCUGGCUGAGUACUGCACAUUGAUUGACAGCUCAUCCUCCUUCCGAGCCUACCGGGCUGCCCUCUCAGAGGUUGAACCCCCAUGUAUCCCGUACCUAGGCCUGAUCCUGCAGGACCUGACCUUCGUUCACCUGGGAAACCCAGACUAUAUUGAUGGGAAAGUGAACUUCUCCAAGAGGUGGCAACAGUUCAACAUCUUGGACAGUAUGCGAUGCUUCCAGCAGGUGCACUAUGAAAUCCGGAGAAACGACGACAUCAUAAACUUCUUCAACGACUUCAGUGACCACCUUGCCGAGGAGGCCCUAUGGGAACUCUCUCUGAAGAUCAAACCCAGGAACAUAACAAGGCGGAAAACAGACCGCGAAGAGAAGACCUAGGAGCAGGCUGGCUAUGAGAACGCUCGAGCAGCCAGGAGAGGACCUGGAGCGUCCCAGCCUCAGAGCCUGUCCUUCCAUGGCUUGGCUGUGUGGCAGCGCCCAAGCCUACUGGCCGGAUUCCUGCCUCCCCCCUGGUGCUAAAGCCCCAGGGUUCACAACGAGCUGACCGGCAGGCCUCAGGACUGGCUUGUGCACUGGUGGCCCCUGGUCUGGUUUUGUUUCCUGUUUUCUGUCUGCUGCCUCCUGUUCUCUACUGUCCCCUCCAGUUGGAGAGCAGCAGAGAUCCAGGCAGCAGACCAGGGGAAUGGCGGGCUUGACCCCUCCCAAAGCCACCCUAGGCUUCUUAAGUGACAUAAGAAUAGAGGCCCCAGGUCCCUUGGGUGGGCUGUCCUCCAGUGUGCCUGGAGUCAGAAGAGAUGGGAAGCAGAAGAUAGAAAAGGGCCAUGGCAGGAAUCUUUUGCCAUUUAAACAUGGAGGAUGAGGCAUUUAGACCCAGCCCAGAAAGUAUGAUGGGUACUAGGCAACAGCCACAGAGCUGGCCCUCCUCACAGUAUUGGCUCCAGACUUGUCCUGCCAUGCCCGGCCCACUAAGACCACCUGCUGGACCGUGCUGGCCUCCAGAAGCAUCUUCCGUCAUGUUCCCCCACCACUGGUCUAGCCCCAGCCCACAUCAUUGGUACUCUGGGGAUCAGGAAGCAGAGGCAGAAGGGAAAAUUCGUGCUGAUCUGGGCCAAAGCUGUGCUUGUGAAUGGAUCAGAGUGAGAAUCUUUAGUGACCUGGGGAGAGGCAAGCAGCCCCUCCGUGCUUGCUGUGUGCCUUAAAUGCCGCCUCCUGUCCCUUCCAGGCCUAUA